GAAGACCAUAGAACCGAGACCGACAGUCAGUCAGUCGGUCACAGUCAUUAGUUCCAUUUGUUUACUAGUGUCAUUCAGUCAGGCUCGAUCCGAAGUCCAGUUUAAACAUCGAUUGUCAGUUUUCCUUGAUGCCAUUUCGCCUCCCUUUCUCCAGCCUGAGUCUAAAAUGGAGACAGACCAAAGUGCAGUUAUUGCUCGUCUUCCAUUAUGCAGCUGUGCUUUAGUGUUGGUGAAACACAGCUAGAUAUAUGUGAUAAAUAGAAAUCUUCUGUGAUUGAGAGAAUUUUAAGAGCUGCUCAAAUAAUAUUGUACCUAUAUAUAUAUAUAUAUAGUAUAUAUCGUGAUAUUCCUGCUUAACCUCCCAUGGGGCCAUUGAAUUGAAAUUCAAGCUUCCAAGAAUAUGGUGUUUAUUAGGAAGAAGUAACAGAAGGUAAUGGGAAAUGCAGGAAGAAGAGACCAGUUUAUGGAAAAGGAAAAAUAUUUUUACCAAAAAAUAAGUAAAUAAAAAUCAACAUGGUUGAGAUAACAAAUGUGUGUUUUGUAGUAGUAACUGCAUUUGCAGUUCUCACACAAAUUUUGUUGCCUGCGUUCAGAGGACCCUUGUCUCGACUUCAACCGGAACUUGCUGCUUGGUUACAAGAAAAUUCACUUGAAAAACAUGCUGAGCUGUUUAUUAAGGCGGGAAUUUGGAGACUUGUUGAUGUUGUGGAAAUGGGACCUCUUCGUGGCCUACCUCUAGCAGACCAAGAACGUACAACAGUAGCAGUUUUUGAUCUUAAGCAGCGAAUUAUACUACAUCAUUUUUUAAAGAAACAUGGAGCUGAAUCUGGUUUACCAAGGCUGGAGACUUUAGGAAUAAGAACAUUGAAGGAAGCUGUGUACAUGGUGGAUGCUUUUCCACUAGAGUUCAAUUCCAAUAGUAAUGAUGGACUUCAUGAUCUCCUUAUGAGUCUUCCAAGAGAUAAAAAGGAAAUGGACCACCUUUCAGAUGAGCUUUGGAAGGAGAUUGCAGCCAUGCAUAAUCUCCCUAGUUCACGUGGAUGGGCAUCUACUUAUGUGUUAUGUUUGGUGGGGGGUCUGGUAAGUGGGUGGGGCUGGUGGUGGGUGAUGACGCGCCGGUCGGCACCCAAGCCUGGCCUCCUCCACCUCUUCACGGGCAAAUAUCUCCACCCACAACGCUGUACCACUAACUUCCAAUGGGAAGACCCAUCUGCUGUCGGAACGACUGUUGCAUUCACAGUGCAGUUUUACCAGCGGAAUGGUCGUCCAUACCCCAUUAGUGAUGCUGAUGGUGUUCUUGUUGAGAUAACACAGGGAAUCCAUAAGGUUAGUGUAGUCACUGAACUUGGGGGAACAGGGGAGGCAGAGAUCAACACAGCACGAUGCAAAUUUACUGCAAGACAAGCCGGACAGUACAAGGUAUCCAUCCUUCUUGCCAAUCAACACAUCCGAGGAAGUCCAUUCAUCAAGAAUUUUUUACCAGGCCCUCCAGAUCCAAGUAAGACUGUAAUGGUGCAACAUAGUUCUACAGUUGUUUGCACUGCUAAUCAGCCCCACCACAUCCUUAUUGAACCUCGUGACCAGUAUCACAAUGUCUGCUCAUUUCCACCAGGUCAAGCGGACACAGAAAACUAUUCCAUCAAUAUCGUCGAACUGGAAGGAGGUUGGACUGUGGAUGCUGGAAGUAUCAUUGUGUACGAUCAUACCUCACGUCGAAUCAGUAUCCAGGUGACAUUGCAACGACCUGGCUGUUACAGAGCCCAUCUCACAUACUGUGAUACUACACUCACUAAUGGGAACUUUGAUAUUAUUGUUUUAACUAGUGAGGAUGCUUUACGAGUACACAAAAACGUCAUGCGAAGAGUUCACGAAGGUUACGAAGCACGACUCCUGACACAGAAUGGGAGUUCACUAGUAAAGCCUAAAAAAGUUUACUGUUAUGUUACUCCCAAGCAGUUGAUAAUUAAAGAGUUCCUGUUAAGAUUAAUACCAAAGCGGGUGUGCACUUUUCGUCUUUGUCCCUCUACAAAGUUCCACUUUACAGGAACUAACAAUCAAAGUGGGCUUCCGACCAUGAGUAUUGAUGAUGGCUGUCAGCCCCUAGUCUCACUGGCUGGCAAAGAUCGAAACGUAAUCGCUGCAACAUUCACCCAGUUUAUGUUGAAAAACAUCGGUGGUUCAGAAACCUUUAAAGAUAAGCAAGAUCAUUUUUAUCAUGAAGUCAGAAAGUUCCAUAGUAAACGAAUGCAUGAGAGAAUACAAAUAGGUGUGUCACGAGAGAGACUCUUGGAGACCUCUAUAAAGGCAACUAAGAACUUUACUGUGGCUGACUGGUGUAGAAACUUCGAAAUUACAUUCCAAGGUGAAGAAGGCUUAGAUUGGGGUGGACUGAGAAGAGAGUGGUUUGAAUUGAUAUGUGCCCAAUUAUUUGAUAACAAUAAUGGAUUAUUUGUCAGUUUACAUGAAGGCAGGCAAGCCUUAGUUCACCCAAAUCCUUACAGACCGCCACACAUAAAGCUCAAACACUAUGAAUUUGCUGGAAAAGUUGUUGGGAAAUGCCUGUAUGAGUCAGCUCUUGGUAGCAGCUAUAGACAAACCGUUAGAGCCAGGUUCACUCGAUCAUUCUUGGCUCAAUUGAUUGGUCUUCGUGUUCAUUACAAGCACUUUGCUCAAGAUGAUCCUGAUCUUUAUACUGGGAAGAUAAAGCAUUUGCUCGAUCAUGGUGUGGACAACUUAGAUGAUGAGCUAUACUUUACUGAUGAGCUAUUGCUUCCAAAUGGUCAAGUUAAGGUAGUAGAACUGGAACCAGGUGGAGCUAGUCGAAUAGUCACCAAUGCCAACAUAUUGCAAUACUUGGAUGCUAUUGCACAGUACCGACUUUCUGUACGUGUACGUCAUGAGGUGGAUGCAUUUCUUGCAGGGCUUAAUGACAUUAUUCCAGACAACCUUCUUUGCAUUUUUGAUGAGAAUGAACUGGAGCUUUUAAUGUGUGGUAUUGAAGAAUAUAGUAUAGCAGAUUUCAAGGCCAACCAUGUGGUUAAUGGCUCAUCACCUGAAUUUCGGAGAGUACUGUACUGGUUCUGGACAGCUGUUUCAAAUUUCACAGAAGAAGAAAUGGCACGUUUGUUGCAGUUCACAACUGGUUGCUCAAGAUUACCACCUGGUGGUUUUGCCCAACUUUCUCCCCAUUUCCAAAUAUCUGCUUCACAUACAUUCAAUACUUUGCCAACUGCACAUACUUGUUUCAACCAGCUGUGCUUGCCAGAUUAUGACAGCUAUGAACAAUUUGAAAAGGCUUUGUUAUUGGCAAUCAAGGAAGGUUCUGAAGGAUUUGGUAUGGUGUAAGUAUGUUUAUGUAAACAAGUGGCUUUGUAGUGAUUUAAUUUUUUCUUUUUUUUUAUUAUUGCACUACUAGGGUACCUUCAGGUAUACAUAUAAUUAAGCCAGUAUUGCCACUGGUAUAUGUGAGAAGUGCUAAAAAUUCAUGUAAAAAAUCAGAAAAGACAAUAAAAUGUAUUCACAUGUUUACUGGUUAAACUACCCAGUAUCCGUCCUGAAUUUCUUUGUUGCUGUUGAUACGGUUCAGUAAUUGUAUAACUUUUCAGUAACUUUUUAAGAAAAAAAUCAUGUGAAAUAUUUUUUUUAAAUUAAUAUACAAGGAGUAAAAUUUUUCAUAUUCAAAUUAACAUAAAACAAAUGGUCCAGAAAUUAUAAAUUACAUAUGGACAUCAAAGUAGCCAGUCUUUUCUGAUUUUCACAGGAUUGAGAACAUAUGCACUAUGGUAAAUCAUAUUGUCAUGAUCUCAGCACCAUAAUGCAGUAACUAUAACCAGACAAAAAAGAGAAGUGUUAAGAUCAACUUUAUGUACAAUGUAAAAAUAUUUUUCAGAUAAUUUCUGUUAUUUAUACACACAUUUCAAUAUUCAUACCCUUUCUAUGAGUUCACUGACCCAGCUUAUCAUAGCUUAAGCUUUUCUAAUGACAUAGUGGUGGAAGAUAAAUCACAUAUCUGGAGAAAUCAGUUUUAUAUAAAAUACUUUAAUCCAAAGUGUAGUUUAGUGCAAGCUGGUAUUUCCACAAGAAUGUAAUUACCUUUCUAAUAAUUUUUGUUAUUGACUUUACCUACUUCAAACAUUUCAUGAAAAAUUAUUUUUAAAGUCUGGCCUACUUGCUUAUUAAAUAAUGAAAUAUUUAUUGCCUGCUUCAGGAAACUGUUGAAAACCAUUAUGUUUGCUUGUCUUUUUAAGAAUUUUUUUUAGACUAACUUUAGCAUUUAAAGUAAGCCAAAGUGUAAAGUAGAGAUUUAUAUCCCAAUUUGUUUUUGAAAAAAAUGUAUAGAAUGAGAUAUUUGACCCAAGGUCCUAACCUUGAGGGUUAUCAUAAUGAAAGGGUCAGUACAUGUAUAAUCAUAUUAG